AGUUUGAACGUCACACCGUUUCAUCCUGUGUGUCUGCUUGAGGGAAACUAAGUUACUUCACUUCGUCUCCUCAGGUGCACCAAAGCUGCACAAAAUGCAAGCCACCCUGCAUUCAGCAAGAAGAAACCGGUACACUUGUGACGCAUAUUAAUUUCUGGCGUAUAAUCCUAUGGAAAGCGACUUGAACUCAUAUCCACGACUCAGUGAGGACAAAUAAACUCGCCUGUGUUUGAAGUGUGUGAGUGCUCGCGCAGUCUCACUGCCUACGAGUUACACUACAGCACGUUUGAACUUAACAGACUCCCUUUCAGCGCUCACUGGAGUGUCUCAAAGGACAUGAGGUGGUUUGGCAGCGUAAUCAUGCCGACUUUGAGCCCAUGAUUGAGUAGCAGUGCUCCAGGCCCCGUCUGAGCCUCCAGGAUCCCACCAGACAGCUGCAGCAUGUCUAGUUCAGGCUUUCCCCCCAGCCAGGGAUCCUUCAGCAGCGAGCAGAGCCGUUACCCUCCUCACUCAGUGCAGUACGCCUUCAGCUCCACACGUCACCCUUCGGAGUUUCCGGUACCUGACUACCGUUCCCCCCUUCAAGACCAGCAGCGCCGCAGGCCUUCACUACUAUCUGAAUUCCAUCCUGGGACCGAGAGGCCGCCGGAGCGCAGACAUGGUUAUGAGCAACAGUUUCAUGCCGUCCAAGCUCAGCAGGAGCUGGAAACUCUCGAGGCCAAGCGUCUCCGCAUCGAGAAUGUAUCUGAAGCGCACUUUCCAAGGGCUCAGCCCACCGGCAUCGUCCUGCCCCAUCCACAGACCAUACAGGACAGCUUUAGGAUCACCGGAGAGGUCAAGAAGGAAGCCCAGUAUAGUGUGAAGGUGGAUGCCUCAUCCCCAGGAGGAGUUCCACAGGUGGGUGAGGAUGCAGACCCAUCACCCUCCAAACUCUCCAAGGAGGAGUUGAUUCAGAGCAUGGACCGCGUUGACCGUGAGAUUGCCAAGGUCGAGCAACAGAUUUUCAAACUGAAAAAGAAACAGCAACAACUGGAGGAGGAGGCAGCAAAGCCUGUAGAGCCAGAAAAGCCAGUGACGCCACCCCCUGUGGAACACAAACAUCGCAGCAUCGUCCAGAUCAUUUAUGAUGAGAACCGGAAAAAGGCAGAAGAAGCCCAUAAGAUACUGGAAGGGUUGGGGCCUAAAGUGGAGCUGCCUCUGUACAACCAGCCCUCUGAUACUAAAAUCUACCAUGACAACAUUAAGACGAAUCAGAUGAUGAGGAAGAAGCUGAUUCUGUUUUUCAAGAGGAGGAACCACGCACGCAAACAGAGGGAACAGAAAAUUUGCCAGCGGUAUGAUGAGCUGAUGACGGAAUGGGAGAAAAAGGUUGAGAGAAUGGAGAACAACCCACGCCGUAAAGCCAAGGAGAGCCGCACCCGUGAAUACUACGAGAGGCAGUUUCCUGAGAUCCGCAAACAGCGUGAGCAACAGGAACGCUUCCAGAGGGUGGGCCAGAGGGGGACAGGCCUGUCUGCCACCAUCGCAAGAAGUGAACACGAGAUAUCCGAAAUCAUUGACGGCCUCUCAGAGCAGGAGAACAAUGAGAAACAGAUGAGGCAGUUGUCCGUCAUUCCUCCCAUGAUGUACGAUUCCGAACAGCGGAGAGUGAAGUUUAUCAACAUGAAUGGUCUGAUGGAUGACCCAAUAAAGGUCUACAAAUCCCGCCAGUUCAUGAAUGUCUGGACCGAACAUGAGAAGGAGGUCUUCAAGGAAAAGUUUGUGCAGCAUCCCAAAAACUUUGGGCUGAUCGCUUCAUUCUUGGAGAGAAAGUGUGUGUCUGAUUGUGUGCUGUACUAUUAUUUGACUAAGAAGAGUCAGAACUAUAAAACUCUUGUCCGACGAAAUUUUGGGAAUCGGCGGCGAAGGAAUCAGAUAACGCGACCUUCACAGGAAGACAAGGCAGACGACAAGAACGAAGAGGACAAAUCGGAGAAAACAGAGAAGAAAGAGGACGAGGAGAAGAAGGAAGAGGAGGAGAAAGAUGAAAAAGAGGACUCCAAGGACAUCGGUAAAGAUAAAGAGAAGUGUGAGGGAGAGGAGGAAGAGGGUAAGGAGCAGAGCACGCCACGCGGCAGAAAGACCGCCAACAGCCAGGGCCGCCGUAAGGGCCGCAUCACCACACGCUCCAUGGCCAAUAAUGAGGCUGUGUCUGUGGUUGCAGAGGAACCUGAACCAGCUCUACCAGAGCCCACCCCCUCCUCUAAACCUGAGCCGGUGCAGAAACCAGCACGAGAGCCUGCGAAACCGUCUCCUGCAGCCAGCGCAGAGACACGAGGUGCAGUUGAAGCUGGAGAGACGUCUCGCUGGACAGAGGAGGAGAUGGAGAUUGCCAAAAAAGGGCUGGUUGAACAUGGUAGGAACUGGUCAGCCAUUGCUAAGAUGGUAGGCACUAAGAGUGAAGCUCAGUGUAAGAACUUUUACUUCAACAACAAGAGACGAUACAACCUAGACAAUCUACUACGGCAACACAAGGUACAGGGUUCCCGUCGGCUCCGUGGAAAUCGAGACCCAUCCCAGAGUGAUCCUGCACCUGAUGAUGAUGAGGAGAGUGAUGGUGCUGAUAACAGUUCAGACACAGAGAGUGCGCCUUCUCCAUCUCAAACUGAUUCCUCCAAAUCAGACCCUGUAACCCAUCCCAACUCUGCUCUGGACGGCACGUCGGACCAGGACGACAUGGUAACCAAAGGCCCAGUGGCAGAUGCCAAGGGCCAGGAGCCUCCGUACUGUGAGCUGCGGGUGAAAGUAGAGAAGAGUCCAGAAGGAGAAGCUGGAGACGGACUUCCUCAGGAUGAGCGCACACGCUCCGCGUUUGAAAUGCAGAUCCAUCCAAAGACUGAGCCGCAGGAUCUGGAGAUGACUUCUCCGAGCAGUGAAAGAGCGCAGGUGCAAGUUAAGACCGAGCCAGAUAUCAAGGACAAGGAGGAGAAACGGGAGGAGCAGCACCACUCCGAUAAUGAUUCUAGCGCCACCUGCAGUGCGGAUGAGGAUGUGGAAGCCGAACCUGACCGACAAAGACUUUUCUCUCUGGAGAAGCCGUCAUUGCUUGGCACUGCAGGCUCGGUGGUCCUGUCCUCAGCCAAAAUCCUCAACAUGCAGCAGCUACAGCAGCGAGCCGCCACCAUUCCCCCUAUGGUCAGUCCCCAUAGCCUCUACCCCCACUUAGCAUUCAUAUAUGCCCCUCUGGACAGAGACAGGGCCCAGCCACCCCGCCACGUUUCAGCUCCAUUCGGUCACAGCAACGUUCCUGUAGGACCAUUGAGUGGCUUUGCUAUGUUCCAGCACCAAAUAAAAGCUGUACAUGAGUCCGUGCAGGAGGACAAACAGAGACUGGACCAGAACGAGUCUGACCACAGGCCACGAGUCAACAUCCACAGCCCAACUGUAGUGGACAGAGAAGGAAAGCCGUUCGCUUACAUGCCAUAUGACCUGAAGCUGAUGGAGCAGGAAUCUCAUGGUGGAGUGGGCAGACCAGGCUCUCCGUACAGACUCUCUCCUCGGGAGCCUAGCAAAGCCUCACCUCAGCCCGACGCCAGUAACGCCACCCGCUACACUGUACCUCCAGUUCUUCAGCCGGCACCAAACCAGGCAGUUCAGACUCUGUCAGAUGUCCGCAUGGCUUUUCCCCGUCACAGGCCGACCAACAUUCCGUCUCCUCCGCCCCUCAUUCACUCCAAACCCACCGACAAGCCCUCCUUCAUUCAGGGGGGCUCCAUUUCACAGGGAACACCAGGAACAUACCUUCCCUCUCAAAUGCAGGCUGUGUAUGUACCGGAGGUAGUUAAGACCACAGGAGGGUCGAUCUCACUUGGCUUGCCAAGACAGCAGGACCCUGCCAAACCUGUGUCAUAUAUUAAGCAGGAGGAGUGUUCUCCACGUGGACAGAGCUCUCAGGCGGAGGGUCUUUUAUCCAGAGCUCAGUAUGAGGGAGUGGUCAGAGUAGGACCCAUACAGAUUCCAGAUAUGAGAGGGCCGCCUGGAAAAAGCCCAGAGGGCUUGAGUUUCAGAGGAGGCUCCAUUACACAGGGCACUCCUGCGCUGGCUCAGUCCAAUGUAGCAGCGGAUCUGUUGAAAGGAACUAUUGCUAAACUGGCCACAGAGGACCUGAGCUGCCCAGAGAAGAGCCGAGCUGAAGCUCACUCUAAAGCUCAUGUUAUCUAUGAAGGCAAAAGCGGACACAUUCUCUCUUUUGAUGCCGUUAAGAACCCUAGAGAGGGCACUAGAAGCCCACGAAUGGGGCUCGAUCUCAAGCGCACAUAUGACAUCAUGGAGGGCUCCCGUGGACACCCAACACAUGAGACGGCACCUUAUGAAGGUUUGAUCAGCAGAGCACUACCAAGAGAAAAUCCUCAUGAGUCUAAGGAUCGCUCCAUACUCACAGGAUCCAUCAUGCAAGGAACACCAAGAGCCUCUGAAGUCUAUGAUGAGGCCUCUAAAUAUGGUAAACAGAUCAAGAGGGAAAGUCCACCCAUACGCUCUUUUGAGGGAGGCAUCACGAAGGGUAAACCAUAUGAAGGGGUGAACACCAUAAAGGAGAUGGGCCGCUCAAUUCACGAGAUUCCCCGUAAGGAGACUCAAGAUAGUCGAAAAACUCCUGUUCUGGAUGGAUCCAUUACUCAGAGUAUUCCUCUAAAGUACGAAAGCAGUACUGUGAACCCAUCAGCCAUCAAGCACAAUGUUAAAUCUCUGAUCACAAGCCCAGUGAAGAUCUCACACUCUGCCAUCGAAGCAGCUGAGCGAGAGAGGGCCAAGUAUGAGGAUGCGAAGGCGUCCGAACGUGUCCGUCACACUUCUGUAGUAAACUCCACCUCUGUCCUGCGCUCCACACACACAGAAGCGGGAAAAUCUCAACUCAGUCCAGGCAUGUAUGAGGACAGCAAUGCACGCAGAACCCCUACAUACUCCGGCACCUCCAUAUCCAGAGGAUCACCUCUGCUACGUGGGCAAGACGGAAGUAUAGCAACAGGUAAACCAGCUUCUCAUGAAAGGAAGAACACACUGACUCCAACCCAGAGGGACAGUGUUCCUGCCAAGUCGCCUGUGUCCGGGGGUGAACCUCUUGGUUCUCACAGCCCGUUUGACCCACACCAUAGAUCUGUAGUACCUGGAGAGGUGUACCGGACCCACCUACCACCACACCUGGACCCCAGCCUCGCUUUUCACCAAGCAUACAUGUUCCCGAGGCAACCAUCGCCGACCGGUUACCCCAACACAUACCAGCUGUACACGAUGGAAAACACUCGGCAAACCAUUCUGAACGAUUACAUCACCUCACAGCAGAUGCGCCCUGAUGUCACAAGGGGACUGUCACCACGUGAACAGUCAAUUGCCAUCCCAUACCCACCAGCUAGAGGAAUAGUUGAUCUAGCCCAGAUGCCACCUACCAUCCUGUUACCUCACCCUGGGGGCACAGUUUCCCCCUCCCUGGACCGCAUCACCUACAUCCCUGGACCUCAGACCCCUUUCCCUGCUAGGGCAUUCAACCCUGCCUCCAUAUCUCCAGGACAUCCUGCCCAUCAUAGUGCCACUGCAGCUAUUGUGGAGAGGGAGAGUCAGAGAGAGAAGGAACGCGAAAGGGAAAGGGAGCGAGAGAGAGAUCAGAGAGAACGAGAACGUGCAGCAGUAGAAUAUAUGCGUGGAGGUUCUGAACAACCUGGCCGACCAGGCAGUCGUAGUUUUCUGCGUUCCACUUCACCCUCUGUGAGAUCACAGGAGGGCGUCCUCCAACAGCGGCCGAGCAUCUUCCAGGGCACCAACUCCAAGAGCGUCAUUACCCCACUCAUGCAAAUGCCCUCACAAGCGGCUGCAUCUCAAUCCAGUUACAGUGCAGCUGAUGCCCUCGCCGCCCUUGUGGAUGCUGCCGCCUCUGCCCCGCAGAUGGAUGUGGCGAAAGUCAAGGAGGGCAAGCACAAUAACAGUAGCUCCCGGGAUGAUGCCGUGAUGUCAUCACGACGGGCAGCACAGGAGUCGCAAGAGGUGGAGCGUCGUUCAGUGCAGUCUCCAUAUGGGGACGUACCACUUCCUAGUGGGAAACCUUCCCAUCCUGUGUAUGCAGAGGGUGGAGGACCUGCAGGGAGCAAAGAGAAAGCCCCACCCACCAAGUCACGCAUGGAGGAGGAGCUACGCACCCAUGGGAAGACCACCAUAACUGCUGCAAACUUUAUUGAUGUCAUCAUCACGCGCCAGAUUGCCCCAGAUAAAGAUUCCCGUGAGAGAGGCUCACAGAGCUCGGACUCCUCCAGCAGCAUGUCAUCCAGUCGUUAUGAUGUUCCGGGUGGAAUCGAGGUGAUCAGCCCUGCUCAGUCUCCAGCCCUGAGAGAAGAGAAGAACGAAGGGUCUUUCCCAUCAGAAAAGAGCUCUCAGCCACACACAGGAUUAAGGUUUGACAUGAACCGGUUCAGGCAGUCAGGAGAAUCAGGACCUUCUGCCCCUCAGCAGCCCCCCUCCUCACAAGCAGAUAGUUAUGGACCCGUCCCGAAAACACACCGCAUCAUGACCCUCGCCGAUCACAUUUCACAUAUCAUUACUCAGGACUUUGCCAAGAGCCAAGAUGCUCCCCCAUCAUCCAGCUCACUGCCUUCCUCUUCAUCCUCCUCCUCCUCACUCUCCUCCACAGGUGUGGGAGGUCGAGUAAAAGCCCCUAACCGCUAUAGUCCAGAAAACCCAGCUCCUACUGCACACCACCAGAGACCACCAAGCAGAGUCUCUCCCGAGAACGCCUCCGAUAAACAAAGAGCAAGGCCAGGUAGGUCUCCUGAUCGAGGACGAGGAGCAGAGAACUAUGAGCCCAUCUCUCCUCCUCAGGGUUAUUCUGGGUCUGAUAAACCGGAGGCCAGAGUGCUGCAGGGCCAGAGACGAGAGCAGGAUCUCCCUGAACAGAGGACUGACUCGCGCUCCCCAGGCAGCAGCAGUUACCUGCCCUCAUUCUUUACCAAACUGGAGAGCACGUCUCCUAUGGUUAUGUCCAAAAAGCAGGAGAUCUUCCGCAAAGCAGAAGUCGGUAAUGCUCAGCCAGGCACAGAGAUCUUCAAUCUCCCAGCAGUAACAACAUCAAACAGUGUAAACCCUAGAAACCACUCGUUUAGUGAUCCAGCCAGUAAUCUGGGUCUGGAGGACAUCAUCAGGAAGGCUCUGAUGGGGAACAUGGAGGAGAAGCAGGAGGACCAGCAGCAGCAGCGUCAAGUCCAGCUGGGGACAGGGAACACCUCAGGCAGUAUUUCAGACAGCCGACAGGAGGCCAGCCCAUCCCCUAACACAGCAGGAAAACAGAAGCUGCAGAGUAAAGCUAACAGCAGGAAGUCAAAGUCUCCUAACCCAGGCCAGGCGUACUCUGCCGGAGAACGGCCCUCUUCUGUGUCCUCCGUUCAUUCGGAGGGCGAUUACCACAGACAGGCUCCCACAUGGGCUUGGGAGGACCGGCCAUCAUCCACAGGUUCCAUGCAGUUCCCUUAUAACCCCUUGACGAUGCGCAUGCUCAGUAGUACUCCUCCCACCUCCAUGGCUAGCUUAUCUCCCUCCAUGCAGUCCCAGCAGCAGCAGCAGGGUGGCGUCUCUGGUCCCGUGACCCUGACGCGAGCAUGGGAGAGAGAGCCCCCGCUACUGUCAGAGCAGUACGAGACCCUCUCAGACAGCGACGACUGAGGCAGGUGAUCCACGCCGCCUCACUCCUGUUCACCGUGGCCCUUCUUUCGCCGUCUUUAUGAAUCCCUCUCACAGCCAUUUGAGAGUGCGGUUACGCUGGUAAGGAGGACGUAUGUUUGGUGCUACUUUGGUGCCCACUGGUGGUCAAAGAGAACAUUGCAGAGAGCCACUGAGUUUCAGGAUUGUAUCCGAUGCUUUGAUUUUUGGCCUGUUUGGGUACGAGAACUAGAAAAAUCCCAAGUGAAUAGAGACAUCAGAGUCAAAAGGAUGAAGACCUUGUAAAAAGAGACUUGUUUGCUGAAAAUGUUUCUGUAAAAAAAAAAUGUCUUUAAAAAAAAGAUCUAUGUAUGUAAAUAGAGGAAACUUUUGCAGUGUUUUCCCUUUAACUCGUUUUCUUUUGUGGAUUUUAACUUUGCAUUUUAAAUUUGGAUGGAUUGGUGGGUGGAACAAGACAUUGUGGAGAUUUUCGUGGUCCAUUGGGUGAAGAGCAUUGAGCUUCCUGCUCCUGAAAGUAAUGGUCUUAUAGAAACUACUCCAAAGGAAACGCAGAAAGGACUUCAUUACCUUAGUCCCUCCAGAUGCGGACCCUGUCUGUGCAGCACUGUUGAGAUAUUCUCUGCCCUGUUACUUUAGGGAGGAAGUCACAAUCAUUCAUCAACUGUUUUAGGAGGGCGGUAUAGGAGCUCGUCUGAUUCAAAGUGAAAAUUCAGACAUGAAUGUUUCUUCUGUUUUACACGUGCUUUUUCUUUUCAGCUUGGUUCUAGUCUUCAGUAGUGGCCUGUUGCAGAUCUGUUGAGAGCGGUUUGGCCCUACAGUUGAAUGGCUGACAGUUUGCUUGUAAGCCGUCUUUUACUAAUCAUAAAAGAACACGUAUAACGUGUAUAUUCUGUCAACUGCAAAACAAAAAUACAAAGAUAAAAAGAGGAAGUACUUGAUGCACCAUUGUUGCACUUUUUUCCUUUAGUAAUUUUGAGAAGCUUAAGAUCAUACUACCUAAAGUCUAAGUUAUUCAAUGUCAUGCAGAGGCCUGAAAUGCUUUCAGAUAGAUUCAUGUUUCAGUCUCUUACUUCAUCUGCAUUUUCAAUUCUUGGAAAUUCUUGGACCUAGUCUUUUUUUUUAUUGUUUUGUUUUUACUUGGAUUAAGUUUAUAAAUUGGUACCAUUUAUCUCAGCAGCUCACGCGCAGAGAUCUAAAUAUCUCUGUCUGAAAGUGAAUAAGCUCAGUUUUAGUUACUUGCAGAAAUAGUUCAAUGUGAUCAAAGCUAAUGGAGUUCCCUGAUAUCUGAAGGCAUCUCUUGAUCCUGCUUUUUCCCACUUCAUGUGCUUUUGCUUUGUUCAAAUAACACCACCAGUCUGAUCUUUACUUUAAUAUGAUGGAUUCAUUUUCUUCAGAUGUCUAAAAAUGUUGAGCUCAUUUCGAUAUUUUUCCUGUCAUUUUCAGCAUCAAUGUUAUAUUCAUCCUGUUUUAUCGGGAUGUCAAGUGUUUACAAUGGCGAUGACAAAAAUGGUGAAACUUGAAUCUUAAAGAAAAUUAAAAUUGCUCAUCAUGUCCGUAUAUUUUACAGUUCAGCUUUGCAAUGGUGUCUUUUUUUCUGCUCCGUUCUGAAUCAAGACUUGAGGAAAAAAAGUUUCUUGUCCCCUGAUUUUGAAAGUGUUUGUAUCACACUGUCUCCUCAGUAGUGGAUGAGAAAUGUGCAGACCAAUCAAUAAAGUAGAACAGAUUUCCACCUCUCUGAAACAAA